AUGUCCCCAGCAGCCAACCAUAUCCUCUUGUCACGUGGCCAUGGAGCAUUGCAGCCUCACAGGCCCCAUCCCCCGUCUCUAGGCACCCUCAACCUCCUCGGCCAUGGAGCAUUGCAACUCUCAGGCCCCAUCCCGCCCUCUCUAGGCAUGCUCAACCUCCUCGUUGAGAUCUUCCUCGACGGAAACCACCUCUUUGGCCGCAUCCCACCGCUUGCCAACCGCAUUCCCUCUUGCCUGCCAUUCUCUCCCCUCUCCUCCCCCCCCCUCCCCCCAUUCCGCUCUGUCAGAGAGCAUGGAGCACUGCAAUCUCACGGGCCAAAUCCCACCUCUAGAGUCCCUAACAAGCUCUAUCUCAACCGCAACCGCCUCACCGGGAGCAUCCCGGCACAGCUGUGCUACCUUUCAUACGCAUACGAGCUCAACCUGGGCAGUCUAGAGUCCCUCAACAAGCUCUUUCUCAACCGCAACCGCCUCACUGGGAGCAUCCCGGCACAGCUGUGCCACCUGCACUAUAUCUAUGACCUUAACCUGGCGACGUCCUCACAACCACCUCACGGGCCCACUCCCUCCGAUCGCGACUCACCGCUUUCUCUGCUCUUCCUUCUCCUUCCCGCCCCUCCCAACGGCAACAGCGACGUCUCCCACAACCACCUCACGGGCAAACUCCCUCCCAUUCCAAAGAAUCCAAUCUCCGAUCUUUAUGCAGGUUCUCCCUCCUCUACCGCCUCCCCGUCUCCCUCCUCUGCUCCCUCUGCUCCCCCCUCUGCUCCCCCCUCUGCUCCCCCCUCUGCUCCCCCCUCUGCUCCCCCCUCUGCUCCCCCCUUCUGUCCCCCUCUGCUCCCCGCUCUGCUACCUCUUCUCCCUCCUCUUCACCCCCCUCAUCUCCUCCCUCUGCUCCCUCUGCUCCCCCCUCUGCCCCCUCCUCCGCUCCCCCAUCAAGCAGCCUGCUCCUGCCUCCUCCUCUGCUCCUGCCUCCUCUUCCCCUGCCGCUCCCUCCUCUGCUCCUCUUCUGCUCCCUCCUCUUCGCCCUCCCCUACUCCCGCUUCCUUUUCUGGCCCCACUCCUCCAUCCACAUCAGCACCGUCCACGUCAGCACCGUCCACAUCAGCACCGUGCCUGCCUCUCAGCAAAGCAGUGUACCAUCAGCCAAUGGCAUGCAGCAGCAGCAGGGAACCCCACCAGGGUCUGGCAAAGCGGCUUUAA